CUUGUCAGAUGUCUCGGUUCCUCACCAGGCAGCUCUCCACAGUAAUGGAGUCAACAGGCUCCUACUCCAUCCUCCUCCUCUUCCUCUUCUCCUUCUUCCACCCCAUCCCAGCUCUAUCAUCGCCCACUUCGACCACUCCCUAUUCAAAGGAAGCUCUUCCCACCAAAUCAGGCUACCUCCCCGUCAACCCCACCACCGGCUCCGCCAUUUUCUACUCUUUCUACGAAGCCCAGAAACCCAUUUCACCGCUCUCCCAAACCCCUCUUCUUAUUUGGCUCCAGGGCGGCCCAGGCUGCUCCUCCAUGAUCGGUAACUUCCUCGAGCUCGGCCCCUGGCGUGUCAACUUCCACAAGGCCAAAUCCGACCCACUUGCUCUCGAACCCAAUCCAGGCUCUUGGAACCGCAUAUUCGGCCUUCUUUUCCUCGAUAACCCGAUUGGAACCGGAUUCAGCAUUGCCACCACACCCGAAGAAAUCCCAAGAGAUCAACAUUCUGUUGCCAAGCAUCUUUUCUCCGCGAUCACUUCCUUUAUUGAAUCGGACCGAUCGCUUAAGUCCCGGCCGAUAUACAUCACUGGUGAAAGCUACGCAGGCAAGUAUGUUCCGGCAAUUGGGUACUAUAUUAUCAGGAAGAAUGCCGAUUUGCCGGCGUCCGAGCGGGUCAACUUAGCAGGCGUUGCUAUUGGAAACGGGUUGACCGACCCGGUGACCCAAGUGGGUACGCAUGCCGUGAAUGCUCACUUUUCUGGUUUGAUCAAUGAGAGGCAGAAGAGGGAGCUGGAGAAAGCGCAAUGGAAGGCAAUUGAGCUGACAAAAUCAAGGAAUUGGAGCGAGGCAACAAAUGCUAGAACAGGGGUCCUUCGUUUGUUGCAGAACAUGACAGGGUUGGCGACAUUAUACGACUUCACUCGGAAAGCUCCAUACAAGACAGAAAUGGUGACCGAACUUUUACAAAGCGAGGAGGUGAUGAGGGCCUUGGGGGCGAACGAAUCGGUGGCUUUUCAGGAGUGCAGCGACAUCGUUGGGGAUGCGCUGCACGACGAUGUGAUGAAGAGUAUGAAAUAUAUGGUGGAGGCGCUGGUGAAGCAGAGCAGGGUGCUGUUGUAUCAAGGGCAUUUUGAUUUGAGGGAUGGAGUGGUUUCAACGGAGGCUUGGGUGAAGACGAUGAAAUGGGAGGGGAUUGAGGAGUUUGUAAUGGCGGAGAGGAAGGUUUGGAAGGUGAAAGGAGAGCUUGCUGGGUAUGUACAGAAAUGGGGGAGUUUGAGUAAUGUUGUGGUUUUAGGGGCAGGGCAUCUUGUGCCUACUGACCAGGCAUUGCAUUCUCAGGCAAUGAUUGAAGAGUGGGUGUUGGAGAGGGGGUUGUUUGGGCAUCAACAAGGGGAGGAUUUGUACUCAGACUUGAGUCCUCCAAUGUAACUUUUGUUCCUCCUACUCCUACUCUUCGUCUUGUGAUUUGUAAUAUCAUGGAAUAAAUUCUCUACUUUGUAAGAAUUUUUAUUAUCUUUU